AUGAGUAAGAUGACUAAAAACAAACUCAAUCUGACGUUGCCGCCUGGUUCGGUGGAUGUUCCCGCUGGGCAGCAGACAACGCCAACACCCUCCUUCAAAACACCAUCCGGCACCGAGUACGUAAUUGGCAAGCAUAACCUACUGGGAAAGGCGAAAAACAGUAUCGAUGCGCUUACGGAAACGUUGGAAGAGCUCGAAAUGGAAGAAAGUGCACGCAAACGCAUUAAGGUGUUUCUCAGCCAGAAGGAAAAGAUCGGCGAACUGAGCGAUGAGGAUUUGGAGAAGCUGGGCGAACUUGGUUCCGGCAAUGGAGGAGUCGUCAUGAAGGUGCGCCACAUUCCCACCCAGCUUAUAAUGGCCCGAAAGUUGAUACACCUGGAGGUGAAACCCGCGAUCAAGAAACAGAUCAUCCGCGAACUGAAGGUAUUGCAUGAGUGCAACUUCCCGCACAUCGUUGGAUUCUACGGUGCGUUCUACAGUGAUGGUGAGAUCAGCAUCUGCAUGGAGUACAUGGACGGUGGUUCGUUGGAUUUAAUUUUAAAGCGUGCCGGAAGAAUACCUGAAGCUAUAUUAGCGAAAAUAACAUCGGCGGUUCUGAAGGGUUUGAGUUACCUGCGGGAUAAGCACGCCAUCAUGCACAGGGACGUUAAACCGAGCAACAUUCUUGUAAACAGUAGCGGAGAGAUUAAGAUUUGUGAUUUUGGCGUGUCUGGACAGCUGAUCGAUUCCAUGGCGAACUCCUUCGUAGGCACUCGAAGCUAUAUGUCGCCCGAGCGUCUACAGGGUACCCACUAUUCCGUUCAAUCCGAUAUAUGGUCUCUUGGACUGUCGCUGGUGGAAAUGGCCAUUGGCAUGUAUCCCAUUCCACCGCCAGAUGCCAAAACAUUAGACUUAAUAUUCCAGGACAGGGGAGACGAUAGUUCACCCGGUCAAAGCAUCAUCGAACCGAAACCGAUGGCGAUAUUUGAGCUGCUCGAUUACAUCGUAAACGAACCACCCCCCAAAUUGGAACACAAUUCAUUUACCGAUCGGUUUAAGAAUUUUGUCGACCUUUGUCUCAAGAAAAACCCCGAAGAGCGUGCAGAUUUGAAAACAUUGAUGAGCCAUGAAUGGAUUAAAAACAUCGAAACCGAAGACGUGGAUAUUGCCGGCUGGGUAUGCAAAACGAUGGAUUUGGCACCGUCGACACCGAAGCGGAACGCAUCACCUUUUGCCAAUUAA